GAAUAAAAGCAUGACAUGACCUGAACUGAAUACUGAAUAAUGAAUACGACUCGAAUUUGAACCUAAAUGUCUAGAGUCUCCACUUCACAUCGACCGGCCACAAAAGAGAUCUUAUACAGCCCCAAUAUCAAGUCCUCAUGAUUCAUUUCUUUCUUACACUCUCCCUUCCUCCCCUUAAUUUACCAUUCAACAAAAGGACAUUCUCGCUUAUUUCUAUAACUACUUCUACCUGACUCUCCAUUCUUUUUGUUAAUCUUUAUCUAUUUGACUCCUUCAAUCCAGAACCCCAUAUUCUCAUAUGUUCUCAUCGCCAUCUCCAUCACUUCUUACAGCCAAUGCCAUUCUCUGCCAGGCUUGUGAAUAGACUAUUGUGCCAACAAUAAUAUAUGAUAUUAAUCCUAUCAUCUCCAUCUAAAGCCAAAGCAAAUGAUGAGCUCUACCCGAUUUAUCCGGCUGAAAAAUUCCCAUCUGACGAGUAUGACUCGAUGAUCAAAUCAAACCUACAAUUCUCCAUAUCUGUUCCUUUUUCCUUAAUCCAUCAUCUGCCCACCUUCCACCAUUCUUCAACUGAAGAUUCAACAAUCUCAUUUGUUUUCACAAUAUCUACAUUCUCAAUUUUCUAUAAUUCUUCUUCUACCCAUUCACACGCUGUACGAAAAAAGACCAACACGCUCAAAAGAUACACACACCCUUUUCAAAAUUAUACAUCAAAUUAAUUUAUCAAUAUUCAAAUCGAAAAUUGAUGAAAAAAAGUAAUCAGUUUAGUUUCUUUAAUUUUGAAUAGUUUAAAAGCCCGUUUUUUUUUUCAUACUGCGAGUGUCAUAAUCUUUGAUAGAUAUUCUCAUUCAUUCUUAUAAUCUCCUCCCUUACACCUCUCCCCUUCGCACCACUAUUUACCCUUACACAUUUUCGCUUACCCCCUCAUCAUUUCCACCUUUUUGAUUUCUUUCUUUCCUUCAAACUUAUCACUUACUCUUGUUCUUGUUCUCACGUACAUACCGAUUCAUCUCUUUAAUUCAUGACCAUCUCAACCCCGCCUCUUUAUACCCCCCGUUCCAUCCAUUCCUUCUAUGGAAGCGCAUACUGGCCAAAGAAUCCAAAGGAUUCCGUAGUCGAUCGGAGCCCCAAGAGUAUGAUAUAGAAGACGAGAUUGGCCUCCGCACGACAGGUGAAGCUUAGUCAACUCGCAAUAACUCUUUCACUAGACCAACAUCGUGGUAGAUUAGCGAAAUACUCCA